CGGCGCGGCCGCCCCGAGACGCCAGCCCCGCCGAGUGAUGAGAACAGACGUCAAACUGCCUUAUGAAUAUUGAUGCGGAGGCUAGGCUGCUUUCGUAGUGGAGCAGAAGGAAGCAAGAUGGCUGCCCUUUAGGAUUUGUUAGAAAGGAGACCCGACCGCGACUGCUGCCUGGCUCCGGGGCUGCGCGACGAGAACGAGGCUGGCCCACAUUCAGCAGCAGACCCUCUCAAGAUUGUUUACUUGCCCUUGUUCCUGUUGAGUUACCGCACUUGGAAGCAGGAGAUGGGCUCCACAGCAGCCAACAGGCCAUGAUCCAGGAGGAGCCGUGAGGGACAGAGCUGCUGAAUUCACUCUGAGGGCAGCCUUGUGGAUGGCCCCGAAGCAAGCCUGAUGGAACAGGAUAGAACCAACCAUGUGGAGGGCAACAGACUAAGUCCAUUCUUGACACCAUCUCCUUCUCCCAUCUGCCAGACAGAACCUCUGGCUAUAAAGCUCCAGAAUGGAAGCCCAUUACCAGAGAGACCUUAUCCAGAAGUGAAUGGAGACACCAAGUGGCAAUCUUUCAAAGGUCAUUAUGGAACACCCCAUAUGAAGGGCAGCCAGAAUAGUCGUGUCAGCCCGGACUUUAUACAAGAAGGCAGAGGGUAUUCCCGGUGUUUGCAGAAUGGAGGGAUAAAACGCACAGUUAGUGAACCUUCUCUCUCUGGGCUCCAUCAGAACAAGAAGUUGAAACAAGACCAAAAGGCCAAUGGAGAAGGAAAGAACUUCGGGGAAAGACAAGAAAGAAAUCCAGGCAAAGGCAGCAGUCAACCAAAUGUCUCCGAUAUGAAUGACAAGAGAGAAUCUGUGAGCUCUGUGGCCCCAGAAAAUGCAGUUAAAGAUACCACCAGUUUUUCAACACACAACUCGAGUGGGUCUGAAAAUGCAGAGCAUCAGAUUCUGAAUGAGCAGGAGGGCAAAGAUGAGAACUACCAUGACAAGAACAUUGUAUUACUUCUUAAAAACAAGUCAGUGCUAAUGCCUAAUGGUGCUACAGUUUCUGCCUCUUCCAUGGAAAACACACAUGGUGAACUCCUGGAAAAAACACUGUCUCAAUAUUACCCAGAUUGUGUUUCCAUUGCGGUGCAGAAAACCACAUCUCACAUACAUGCCAUUAACAGUCCGGCUAUUAAUGAGUUGUCCUGUGAGAUCACUCACCCGUUGUAUACCUCAGGGCAGACCAAUUUCCCACAGACCUCGAACUCUGAGCUGCCUCCAGAGCCAGCUGCAGUCAUGACUGAGGCCUGUGACGCUGAUAAUGUCAGUAAACCAGCUGCAAUGCUAGGUACCUGUUCCUUUCAGAAACCAGAACAACAAAAACCAGUUUUUGAGAUAUGCCCAUCUCCUGCAGAAAACGGUAACAUCCAAGGAACCACAAAGCUAGUGGCUGGUGAAGAAUUCUGUUCAGGUUCCAGCAGCAUUUUGCAGGCUCCUGGUGGCAGCUCUGAACGGUAUUUCAAGCAAAAUGAAAUGAAUGGUGCUUACUUCAAGCAAACCUCAGUGUUCUCUAAGGAUUCCUUUUCUGCCACUGUCACACCACCACCAUCACAGUUGCUUUUGUCGCCUCCUCUUCCAGAGGUUCCUCCGCUUCCUUCAGAAGGAAAAAGCACUCUGAGUGACGGUGUUGUGGAAGAACACCAUCACUACCCCAACCAAAGUAACACAGCUCUUUUAAGGGAAGUGAACAUAGAGGGUGAACCGGAGGCACCACCAUCCCAGAGUCCUAACCCACCUACACAUGGAUCCAUCCCCUCUCUGACGCUUCCAGAAAGGCUUCAGAAUAAUUGUGCUAACAAGAAUGACAUACGGACUCCAGGAACAAUGACUGUUCCAUUGUGUCCUGAGAAAGCAAGACAAACACCAGAACAUCCCAAGCAUAACCCACCAAUUCUCGGUAGCAGUGGAGGGCCACAGGACCACUGCCAGCAGCUGAUGGGGCACACAGAACAGGAGGUUCUGAAGGGUCAAGAUAAGCAACAAACACUCGAUCUUGUGCUCCCAACACAGCCCCAUCUGAAACCAGGAUGGAUUGAAUUGAAGACCCCUCAAUUUCCUCAAGCAGAAUCCCAUCUAAAAUAUAAAGCACCUCUGCGGUCAGUUCUUCAGUAUCAGCCCAACUCCUCCAAUCACAUGACCUCCAAACAAUACACUGGAAAUUCCAACAUGCCUGGGGGGCUCCCAGGGCAAGCUUGCAUCCAGAAAAUGAUGCAGCCAGAGCAGAGGCCACAAAGGUACCAACUUGAGAUGAAUCAUGGGCAGUCUCAAGGUACAGUGGACCAGCAUCUCCAGCUCCAAAAACCCUCACUCCAGGUGCACUUCUCCAAGACAGACCCUUCCCCUGAAGCUCACACGCAGUCACUGUGCACCCCUAGGUUUCAUUUUCAACAGAGACCAGACUCCGAGCAUAAGAAACUCAUGCCCUCACCAUUAAAGCAGCACUUGAAUCAAGAGGCUUCAGAGACGGAGCCCUUCUCAAACUCACAUCUUUUGCAACACAAGUCUCAUAAUCAGGCAGCACAAACACAGACAUCCCAGAAUUCACAUCUCCCUCAAAACCAGCAGCAACAGCAAAAAUUACACAUGGAGAAUAAAGAACAAAUGCCCCAUACUUUUUCUCAUCCCCAAGGCAACUGUGGUCAGCAAAGGGAAGGAUCGUUCUUUAGCCAGAUUAAAGUGGAAGAAUGCUUUCAUGGUGAAAAUCAAUAUUCAAAAUCAAGUGAGUUUCAGACUCAUAAUACCCAAAUGGGAUUGGAGCACAUACAGAAUAUGAACAGUAGAAAUUCCCCUUAUGGUCAUAUCUUGAAGUCAAAUGCAAGCAAAGUACAGAUUUCUUGUUCAAACAACAUUCACCCAGCUUCAAAGAAUACAGAACAGACUUUACAUCCUGAACAUUUUUCUGGAAACAAGACCCCAAACUUGCAUCACAUGCAAUAUUUUCCAAAUAAUGUGACCACAAAACAAGAUGGUCUUCACAGGUGCUUUCAAGAACAAGGACAGAAGCCUCCGCAGGCUUCCGUUCUGCAGGGAUAUAAAAGUAAAAACCAAGAUUUGUCUGGCCAACAAGGUACACAAUUCACUCAGCAAAGGUACCUGAUGCACAACCAAGCAAACGCUUUCACUGUGCCUGAACAAGGAGGAGGUCACAUUCAGACCCCUCCCCAGAAGGACAUUCAAAAGCACGCUGCUCUGAGAUGGCACCUCUUACAGAAGCAAGAGCAGCAGCAAAACCAACAACCCCAAACUGAGUCUUGCCACAAUCAGGCACACAGGCCAAUUAAGGUUGAACCUGGAUCCAAGCCCCAUGCCUGUAUGCACCCCAAGUCAGCACAGCCAGAAAACAAAAUGUGGAAAAAGAUAACUAAGCAAGAGAUUCCACCCCUGAGCUGUGAUAAUGUGCAGCAGAGGAGCAUUCUGGAGACCAUGGAGCAACACCUGAAGCAGUUCCAGGUCAAAUCACUAUUUGACCAUAAGGCUCUUACUCUCAAAUCACAGAAGCAAGUAAAAGUUGAAAUGUCAGGGCCAGUCACAGUUUUAUCUAGACAUACCAGUGCUGCAGAACUCGAUAGCCACACCCCAGCUUUAGAGCAGCAGGCAACUCCGUCAGAAAAGACACCAACCAAAAGAACAGCUGGUUCUGUUCUCAAUAAUUUUUUAGAGUCACCUUCCAAAUUACUAGAUACGCCUAUAAAAAAUUUAUUGGAUACACCUGUCAAGACUCAAUAUGAUUUCCCAUCAUGCAGAUGUGUAGAGCAAAUUAUUGAAAAAGAUGAAGGUCCUUUUUAUACCCAUCUAGGAGCAGGUCCUAAUGUGGCAGCUAUUAGAGAAAUCAUGGAAGAAAGGUUUGGACAGAAGGGUAAAGCUAUUAGGAUUGAAAGAGUCAUCUAUACUGGUAAAGAAGGCAAAAGUUCUCAGGGAUGUCCUAUUGCCAAAUGGGUGGUGCGCAGAAGCAGCAGCGAGGAGAAGCUACUGUGUUUGGUGCGGGAGCGAGCUGGCCAUACCUGUGAGGCUGCAGUGAUUGUGAUUCUGAUCCUGGUGUGGGAAGGCAUCCCCCUGACUCUGGCUGACAAACUCUACUCGGAGCUCACCGAGACGCUGAGGAAGUACGGCACGCUCACCAACCGGCGGUGUGCCCUGAACGAAGAGAGAACCUGUGCCUGUCAAGGGCUGGAUCCAGAGACCUGUGGUGCCUCCUUUUCUUUCGGUUGUUCGUGGAGCAUGUACUACAAUGGAUGUAAGUUUGCCAGAAGCAAGAUACCAAGAAAAUUUAAGCUGCUUGGGGAUGACCCAAAAGAGGAAGAAAAACUGGAGUCUCAUUUACAAAACCUGUCUACUCUUAUGGCACCAACAUACAAGAAACUUGCACCUGAUGCAUAUAAUAAUCAGGUUCAACCAUUUAACAACUGUUUUCCCAGAAUGUCUAUACAUAUAAAGCUAUUAGAGGCCCAAUGCAUGAAAUUCAUGCAAGGGGCUCGGCCCUCGCAGCUCCGGCUUCAUCCGAAGAUCAUCCGGAAGGCUGUCUGGUUGUCCGGCUGCCCGGUAUGCACCCUCACAAGAGAAGACAAUCGAGAAAUCAGAGGCAAGCCUGAGGAUGAGCAACUCCACGUGCUGCCGCUCUACAAAGUCUCUGAUGUGGAUGAGUUUGGGAGUGUAGAAGCUCAGGAGGAGAAGAAACGAAAUGGUGCUAUUCAGGUGCUAAGUUCUUUUCGGCGGAAAGUCAGGAUGUUAGCAGAGCCAGUGAAGACGUGCCGACAGAGGAAACUAGAAGCCAAGAAAGCCGCCGCCGAAAAGCUGUUUUCUCUGGAGAACAGCGCACAUAAGAAUGAAAAGGACAAGCCCGCCCCAUCCCGCACAAAGCAGACUGAAGGUGCAGCCCAGGCUAAACACUUGGCAGGAUCAGUCAUGCAGCUGUCCCAGCAGCCCCAGCCCCAGUCACAGCAGCCACCCCAGCAGCAGCCACCACAUCACCCCUUGACUAAUAACCAUCAUUCAGAGACUGUCAACUCUUACUAUUCUUCUGGACACACCGAUCUAUAUAUGAGACGGCCCAAUCCAGUCAGUCCUUAUCCAAGCUCUUCACACACGUCGGAUAUUUAUGGAGGAGGCGCCAACUGUGUGAACUACUAUUCCACCUCAUCCCAAACUGCGGCUUCAUAUUUGAAUUCUUCUAAUCUCAUGAGCCCCUACCCUGGGCUUCUAAAUCAGAACAACCAAUAUCCAUCCUAUCAGUGCAACGGAAACGUAUCCAUGGACAGCUGCUCCUCCUAUCUGGGUUCUUACUCUCCCCAGCCCCAGCCCAUGGAUCUCUAUAGGUAUCCAAACCAAGACCCUCUCUCUAAGCUAAAUCUGCCGCCCAUCCACACGCUUUACCAGCCGAGGUUCGGAAACAGCCCGAGUUUUACUUCCAAACCCUUGGGUUAUGGAAACCAAAAUAUGCAGGGGGACACCUUCAGCAGCUGUACUCCCAGGCCAACCGUGCGCCACGUGGGGACGCUGCCUCCUUAUUCCACGCACGAGAUGGAUGGUCACUUCCUGGGGGCCGCCUCUAGAUUCCCACCCAAUUUGAGCAACCCCAACGUAGACUAUAAAAACGGGGAGCACCCCCCAUCCUCUCGUAUGCUCCAUAACUACGGUGCCGCCCCGGGCAUGUUCAACAGCUCUCUCCACGCCCUGCACCUCCAGAACAAGGAGAACGACAUGCUUUCCCACACAGCUAACGGGCUCCCCACGAUGCUGCCCGGCCUGAGCCACGAUCGAGCUGCCGCUGCCCAGCAAGGCUUGCACAGGUUGCUAGACGCGAGCAGCCAGGACAAGCAGCCUCCUGCCGCGGAGGAGAACGACGAGGUCUGGUCCGACAGCGAGCAGAGCUUCCUGGACCCUGACAUCGGGGGCGUGGCGGUGGCGCCGGCUCAUGGGUCCAUUCUCAUCGAGUGUGCAAAGAGGGAGCUGCACGCCACGACCCCCUUAAAGAAUCCCAACCGGAAUCACCCCACCAGGAUCUCGCUCGUCUUCUACCAACACAAGAGCAUGAACGAGCCCAAACACGGCUUGGCGCUCUGGGAGGCCAAGAUGGCCGAGAAAGCCCGGGAGAAGGAGGAAGAGUGCGAGAAGUAUGGCCCGGACUACGUGCCUCAGAAAACGCACGGCAAGAAAGUGAAGCGGGAGCCCACCGAGCCACACGAGCCCUCCGAGCCCACCUACCUGCGCUUCAUCAAGUCCCUGGCCGAGAGGACCAUGUCGGUGACCACAGACUCCACAGUCACCACAUCUCCGUAUGCCUUCACUCGGGUCACAGGGCCUUACAACACAUACGUGUGACGUCGCCCCUGGUGUUGGUUACCUCAUUCGAAAAGACCACAGCCAACCGGCCCACAGUGUAGUUCUCAUGACACGGGCCCUGGGGAAAGGGACACAGUAUUCAUGACAAAGGUGGUAGGAAGAACCUCAGCUCACCAGCAAACGCAAAAGAGGUCACCUUACCAUAGCACUUAAUUCCCACUGACUCCUAAGUGGUCACAGAUGGCAUCCAUACAAAAGACCAAAGCAUUCUAUGCAAAACGAAGGUGGGGAAGAGAGUGUUCCACCAUUUACAUUUUUAAACACUGGUUCUAUGAUUGGACGAGAUGAUAAUGUAAAUGUGACUUUUCCCCACCUUACAACUCUACACAUCUGUGACCACUUUUUAGUAAUACCAAGUUUGCAGAGUCCUGGACACAAAUCCAGUGAGUAAUGUAGUAUUACAGAGACAGGAUUCUUAAACACCAUCUGGUGCUGAACAUACAAUGUACUGAAAUACUGGAAUUAUGGUUUUUUAACAUGCAGUUUUUACUGUACUCUUAAUAUUAACUUUUAUUUAUCAAAUAGCUACAGGAAGCAUAAAUGAAUAGACAGCAAAACACUGAAUUUGUUUGGGUGUUCUAAGAAAUGGUGCUAAGAAAAUGGUGUCUUUAAUAGUUGAAAAUUUAAUGCCUUUAUAUCAUCAAGAUGCUACCAGUGAACUCCAAUGCCCUUGAAUAAUAGGGGUACCUUUUCAUUCAAGUUUUUAUUAUAAUUACCUAUUCUUACACAAGCUGUUUUUAAAAUGUGGACAUUUUAAAGGCCUCUGGAUUUUGCUCAUCCAGUGAAGUCCUUGUAGGACAAUAAACCACUAUAUGUACAUAUAUAUAUAUAUAUAUAUAUAUACACACACAUGUAUAUGUGCACACACAUGUAUAUGUAUAAAUAUUUUAAAUGGUGUCUUAGAAGCACUUUGCCUACCUAAGCUUUGACAACUUGAACAAUGCUAAGGUACUGAGACGUUUAAAAAAAAAAGUUUACUUUCAUUUUAGAAUGCAAAGUUGAUUUUUUUAAGAAAGCUUUUAAAAUAUUUUUGCUUUUAGCCAUGCGUCUGCUGAUGAGCAAUGUGUCCAUUUUCCAUACAGCCAGUUCAAUCCAAAAGGGGGCUUACUGGAUUCAAGGGAAUACGUUAGUCCAUAAAACAUGUUUUCUGGUGCUCAUUUCUCAUGCUAUACUGUAAUAGUUUUAUACGAAAUUGUCUGACGAGUUCAUUGGUCAAACAUGUAGUUUUCAGAAUUUUCUAUCAACUUCAGUAAUGAUUAACUUCAUGCCACAGACUCAACCAUGCCGUUCACUUACGCAGAGUGGUUUUAUGGCGCUGUAUGCUCUUCAGCAAUUGAAUGUCAGUCUGCCUUUGUGUUGAUAAUUGUACGUUGUGAUGUUGUCACUUCUUGGCUUAAGUGUCCUCUUUACCAGGAAGACCGACCGAGCAGACUGGCCUGCAUCAGUUGAAUAAACAGGGUUAGUUCCAUGUGAAUCUGUUAAUUAAAGGAAAAGAAAAGAAACAGGCAGCUGGCUUGCUGUGGCGGUUUUAAAUCAUUAAUCUGUAUAAAGAAGUGAAAGAGAUGUAUAGUAAGUAAAUUAAUUGUAAACAAAACUUUUUUAACGCAAUGCUUUAGUAUUUUAGUACUGUAAAAAAGUAAAUAUAUAUAUAUAUAUACAUAUAUAUAUGGAUUUGAAGCAGAAUUCACAUCAUGAUGGUGCUACUCAACCUGCUACAAAUAUAUCAUAAUGUGAGCUAAGAAUUCAGUAAAGGUUUGAGUGGUGUUCCUACUGUCAUAUACCUCAACACUAGUUUGGCAAUAGGAUAUUGAACUGAGAGUGAAAGCUUAGAGCAUCAUGUACCAUCAUUUUUUUUCCAAGUCUUUCUUUUUUAUAAUUAAAACGCAUACCUUUUUGUUCAAUACUUGAUUUCUUAGCAAGUAUAACUUGAACGUCAACCUUUUUGUUCUAAAAAUCAGGGAUAUUUCAGCUCAUGUUCUCCUUAUGCCAACAUGUCACCUGUGUUUAUGUAAAAUUGUAGGUUAAUAAACAUAUUCUUUGUCAGGGAUUUAAACCUUUUACUUUGAAUCCCUCCUAUUUUGCUUGUAUAUGUCCUCAUGUAACUAAAACUAAUUUUGUAUAUCUGUUGACCCCUUUUAUUGUAAAGAAAAGCAUUUUAAAAGUUUGGGGAGUAUUUUGAUUGUUUUGAGCAGGAAAAAAAUUACAUGAAAAUAGAAUGCACUGAGUUGUUAAAGGGAAACUUGUAAGGCAGGAGUUUGGCAAGUGGCUGCUGGCUAGAGUCUUUGAACUCUCUAAAUAAAGAUGUUUUAUCCUGUAAUCAGUAGAGGUACAGAUCCAUAAGGACAUCCCCAAACAGGCAAAACAUUUAGGGGUAUGGUGUGCAAUCGACUGUACAAUUACAUUUUGGUCUAAGUACACUUUUGCUUACUAAAAUUUCAAAUAAAUUCUUAAUCAAGGGAGCCUUUGAGAUUUAUUGGUCAAAUCUUUCUUUAUAACAUGGCUUUUGUCUUUUUAAAAACAUUCCUUUCUGGCUGUGAUCAAUUUAUAAAUAUUUCAAAAACAUUUGUUUUGCCAAUGUCAAACCACAUGAUUUUAAAUAUUUUACAUAUAGCAUAUAUCUAAUGCCAACUAUUUGGUUACUACAUGCAUAUUUGUUGGUUUUGAGUCAUCCAUCCCUUUAUGAAUAUUUGGUGUCUAUAUCAUUCACUGUCACUUGUCAAACUGCUAGCCAGCAAGAGCAGGAAGUAUAGUUUGGGGGGGUCAGGAGAGGUUAGGUAGGGAGAAGAAGAGAAAAUUGAAUGGCAUAUUGUAAAUAUCAGAUCUAUAAUUGUAAAUAUAAAACCUGCCUCAGAAUGAAUGGCAAGCAAAUCUCCAGUUUGCUUAUAUAGGAAUAUCAGGUUGACUAUAUAGCCAUACUUGAAAAAUGCUUCUGAGUGGUGUCAACUUUACUUGAAUGAAUUUUUCAUCUUGAUUGACGCACAGUGGUGUACAGUUCACUUCUCAAGCUAGUGGUCAACUUGUGUAGGAAACUUUUGCAGUUUGACACUAAGAUAAUGAGCUCUGUGUGCAUUUUUUCUAUGCUUUUUUAAAAACUUAGUUUCAUUUCAUUUUCAUGAAAUGUUUGGUUUGUCUAUAAAAUCUGAGGAUGGUUAUAAAUACUGUAAGUAUUGUAAUGUUAUGAAUGCAAGUUAUUUGAAAGCGUUUAUUAUUAUAUCAUUCCUGAUAACGCUAUUAGAGUGUUUUUAAUAAAAUUUAUAUUUAUUUAAUGCACUCUAAGUAUUGUCUUGUUAAAGUUUCUGUUUACUGCUUAAGUUAUUGUCAUCUCAAUGAGGCUAAAGGGAAUAAAAAGAAUUCGUUUUUAAA